AUGGCUGUCAUCGACACACUCGAGCGGCGCAUAUACCACGAUGAACCGCCGCCCUACCAAUCGCGGAUUGCUAUGAACCCGACCUUGAUUGUAUCGUGGUGGUGCACAUUGUUCGCCCUCACUGCCAUCCUGAUCCGCGUGUUUGGCCGAUGGGUGCGCACGGAGCGACUGUUUCGCGAAGACUGGAUCAUGUUCUACAGCAUAAUACCACUGAUGAUUCGGAUGGCACUUGUACAUGUGAUAUUGAUAUGGGGUACCAACAACACACAGACUGAAGGCUUCACAGCUCUUCAAAUACACCACCACGAGAUUGGCAGCCGACUGGUUCUGGCCGCUCGAAUCUUCUACGCCGCAUACAUCUGGAUUGCCAAACUCGCCGUUCUGGAAUUCCUGAAGCGCAUCAUCGGAAAGUCAUGGGCAAAGUCGUACGAGGUCGGACUCCGAUACAUCUAUGGGUUUUUGGGCGCCACCUUUGUCGCCGUUGUGGUUGGAACGCUAGUCGAAUGUCAACCGUUCUCGCACUACUGGCAGGUCGUGCCGGACCCAGGUGCCCACUGUCGAGAAGGACUGGUACAGUUAAUCGUCAUGGGUGUCUGCGACAUCGUCUCCGACGUGGUGCUGAUCGUCUUCCCAAUUCCACUGGUCUGGCAGUCCUCGAUGCGCUUCUCGAAAAAGAUUUCCCUCAUCCUCCUCUUCCUCCUCUCCGUUAUCCUCGUCACCAUCACCGCCUACCGAGUGCCGUCCACCAUCUCCCGGCGCUCGUCUCAGCACUAUCGAUCGCUGUUGGCGUCGCUGGAGAUUCUUGCCGCCGCCGGGGUUUCAAAUGCCAUCGUCAUCGGCAGCUUCAUCCGUGACAGGGGGGUCAAGAAAGCAAAGUUCAGAGCUGCGUCUAUCGACGACGGCAGUUCCCUUGGUCGCACAAACACUCUGACCCGCGCCGUGACCAUGACUCACCAUCACUGGGGCUCUGACGAGGAUCUAGCCAGAGGUGUUGGCGUCGCCUUGCCUGCACUCCUGAGACGAGGGACUUAUCUGGAUCAACCCCGUCCAGCCGAGGCUGCGGUUUCGACGACCCCUCCAAAGGCGCCUUCCGGCCCCCUCGACUCUGACGACCACAAUCCACAUGCUACCUUUAAAUCCAAGUGGAAUUUUGCAGAAGCGUCCCGCAUGCGCAAAAAGCCGUCUCUGGACACUCUCAGCAGCGCCUCAACAGAGGACAUCAAAAUGCGGAAUUUGGGCCUGCAAAUCAGUGGACCACCUCAUGGUGCUGGUGAGCAUGAAUACAACGAGCCCGACACACCAAGUCGAAUGGGCUUUUUCGAUGUCGGCGGUCUAGUGGACGCUCCGCCAAAUGAAUCCCCAAUAUCUCGUUCGCGCCAUGCAUCCGUCCAGGAAGUCUCUCACCGCUUGUCUCAGGCGCAGCAGCAGCAGCGAUCCAGCUCGAAAGCUUUCCUCGCAGAUAUAGGCGGCCUGUUAACCCGACCUUUACGCAUCCGCGAAGAAGAGGAGAUGCACUCUGCUGGCACGCCUUCCACGAGAAAAGGCAGUAGCCCGAGCCGUUCGCCAAUGAGAUCGGAACGAAGGAAAAUCUCAAGGGGGAGUCGAUUGCCCUCCUCGACACAGGAGGACGUGGAUGUGCUGCCGCUACAUCGGCCAAGCGGGCCCGACGAGAUGUAUCUGUCUGAUGCGGGUGGCUUGUUGAAAUGA